GGUUAUUCUUUACGCUAAGAGCGCAACCUGCUGCGGAGUGUAUCAGUGUCAUGGGCACACUUUGGUAAAUGAGUUCUUUGUUUACAUUAUCUCCGCUUUUUGCAGUCAUUUCGUUCAGCAUUAACGACAUCCUUGCAGUGCCCCAUUCCCUGCAGUAUGUCUUCAGCGGCACAUCAGGGAUACCGAACCUCCCAGAGCUUAUGAUUGUAGGGCUGGUGGACGGGGAGCCCUUCGUUCACUAUGACAGCAACAGCCACAGAAUGACUCCAUGUCAGGAAUGGAUGGUAAAGUCUGUGGGGCCUGAUUACUGGGACACAGAGAGUGAAGCGGCAAUGAGUGAUGAGCUGGCGUUCAAAAAAAGCAUAGAAGUGGCAAAGCAGCGUUUCAACCAAACCGGAAGUAUUCAUACAUAUCAGAUGAUUUACGGCUGUGAGUGGGAUGAUGAAACUGGGGCCACAAGUGCUUUUCAUCUAUAUGGCUAUGAUGGGAGUGACUUCAUUGCAUUGGACUUCAGAAACAUGACUUAUGUGGCUCCAGUGCAGGAAGUAUUUCUUACUACAGUGAAAUGGAAUCAUGACAGUGUUCUAUUAGACAGAAAUAAAGCCUACCUGACCGGGAUCUGCACUGAGUGGCUGAAGAAGUAUGUGAGCUAUGGGAAGAGCACACUGGAGAGGACAGUCCGCCCUGAGGUGUCUCUGCUGCAGAAGGACCCCUCCUCUCCUGUCACCUGCCACGCAACCGGCUUCUUCCCAAAAGGGAUCAUGGUGACCUGGCAGAAAGAUGGAGUGGACAUGCAGAGUGAUGUGGAGGUGGGGGAGACCCUGCCAAACGGGGACGGAACAUUCCAGAUCACAUCAAAACUCACGGUGAAGCCUGAGGACUGGAAGAGGAACAGCUACAGCUGUGUCGUGCAGCACAAGAGCUCAAAGAAAGAUAUUCCUGUGCUGCUGGAGGAGAAGAACAUAAGGACCAAUCCGGGUGGCGUUUCCUUUGGCAGCAUCGUCGGCUGUGUGGCUGCUGCUCUGGCUCUCGUUGCUGUUGUCACUGGGGUCGUGUUGUGGAGGAGGAGCAGGACAGGCUAUGGGAAAGCCGGCAGUGAGUAUUGUUACCCUGUAUUGUUGUUGCCAAGACUGAAUAUGUGUAUAAAGAGCAUUUAAAUUUGAAAUUGAUUUAAGUGGAAAUAUCGCCUUGAAUAAAUUGCC